ACAGACGAAUAUUCAAAAAGAAGAAAUAAAAAAGAAAAAGAAAAAGUUUAUUUUUUCUUUCUUUCCCAAAGACGACAUAUUUCGCCGAUCGUCGUCGUCCUCUGAUCCCGAAUCUUUCCCGGAUUCUCCCGGUGGUGGAGAUAAGAAACAAAGGAAACCCAGAAAGCAAUAUUCUAAAUGGCGUCGACCACGCGAGAAAAGUUUGUGUCUUUCAUAAACAACAGAUGGCUCGUGUUCGUGGCUGCCAUGUGGAUACAGUCUUGUGCUGGCAUGGGUUAUUUGUUCGGAAGCAUUUCUCCGGUCAUCAAAAGCUCCUUAAACUAUAACCAGAAGGAGCUUUCCAGACUUGGAGUCGCUAAAGAUCUUGGUGAUAGUGUCGGCUUCAUCGCCGGUACUCUCUCUGAGAUCUUGCCUCUUUGGGCCGCUCUUCUUGUCGGAGCUGUUCAGAACCUCUUCGGUUACGGUUGGGUUUGGCUUAUCGUCACCGGUCGAGCUCCCGUUCUUCCUCUAUGGGCUAUGUGUCUUCUCAUAUUCAUUGGGAACAAUGGUGAAACCUACUUCAAUACUGGAACAUUAGUCUCUGGUGUUCAGAACUUCCCUAAGAGCCGAGGUCCAGUGGUGGGUAUUCUCAAGGGGUUUGCUGGACUAGGUGGUGCGAUCAUGUCUCAGAUAUUUACAAUGCUCAACUCAUCUAACCCGGCUUCUCUCAUUCUCAUGGUCGCUGUUACGCCUGCGGUUGUCGGUGUUUCCCUCAUGUUCUUAAUCAGACCAGUUGGUGGUCACAAGCAGAUCCGUCCCACCGAUGGAGCUAGCUUUACUUUUAUCUACGGUGUCUGUCUUCUGCUCGCUGUCUAUCUCAUGGCAGUUAUGCUUAUUCAAGAUGUGGUCGUCGUUAGUCACAACAUCAUCACUGUGUUCACCAUUGUCUUGUUUGUCAUUCUUUUGCUUCCUGCCUCAGAGAGACAUAAGAGAAUUGCGCAUUUGCAAGCACAGCUAAUGCAGGCAGCUGCAGAGGGGGCGGUUAGGGUGAAGAGACGUAGAGGACCUCACAGAGGAGAAGAUUUUACUCUAACGCAGGCACUGGUGAAGGCCGACUUCUGGCUCAUAUUCGUCUCCCUGCUGCUCGGUUCUGGUUCGGGUUUGACAGUAAUUGACAAUCUUGGUCAGAUGAGUCAGUCUCUUGGUUAUGAUAACACUCACGUGCUUGUUUCUAUGAUUAGCAUUUGGAACUUCCUUGGACGCGUCGGUGGUGGUUACUUCUCCGAGCUCGUUGUCAGGGACUACGCGUAUCCAAGGCCGGUAGCAAUGGCUCUGGCUCAGCUAGUAAUGUCAGUAGGACACAUCUUCUUUGCGUACGGAUGGCCCGGAGCGAUGUACAUUGGCACGUUGUUGAUUGGACUCGGAUACGGUGCCCACUGGGCUAUUGUCCCAGCUACUGCCUCUGAGCUCUUUGGUCUGAAGAAGUUUGGAGCUUUAUACAAUUUCCUGACACUGGCAAACCCGGCUGGAUCCCUGGUGUUCUCGGGUAUGAUUGCGAGUAGCAUCUAUGACCGGGAAGCAGAACGGCAAGCACAAGGAUCCGUGUUUGAUCCAAAUGACGCCCUUAGAUGCAAUGGUUCUAUCUGUUUCUACUUGACGUCACUCAUAAUGUCUGGAUUCUGCAUCAUCGCUUGCAUCUUGAGUAUGAUUCUUGUGCGUCGUACCAAGUCCGUUUACACUCACCUCUAUGGCAAGACCCGUACCUAAGAUCUGUUCCCUAUCAUAUGUGAUCGUGCUCAGCUUCUUAUUCUUUGGUUUUUGUUUUCGAUUCUCCGAUGAUACAGUAGUUUUCGUCACUGUGUCGAUUUUUUUUAGUUUGUUUUCUGUAUCAAUUUUGUUGUCGUUAUUGUCAAUUUUGUAUUUGAUUUGUACGUUUUUUUUUUUNUGUAUUCAUAUCCGCGCGAAGCAACAUCUACGCAAACAUCUGUAGACACUCCCAUGUAUAAAAUAAAAUUUCAGUUUUAAAUAAAUAUUUGGGAUCUGAUUAA